ACUGUAAAACCCUUUCUUGAGCCCUCCCUCCUUCUCCUCUCUCUCUCUCUCAAUGGCUUCGGAGAUGAUGAGUUCUGAUUCUGCAACUGAGCACAGGACUGGCGUCGUGAAUGGCACUUCGGCUUCUGUCCCUGAAGAUGAUUGUUCCUCCAUUGUUGAACUUGCGGGAGAUCAAGAACUGGGAACUGGGUCUAAGUCUUGCUGCCUUGGAGGGGCUCUGGUCUCGGAGGAGAAGAUUGCCCAGAUGGGUCCUUCGUCUGGUUCUGAAGCGGAGAGCGGCUUUCAAGAACCUGAGGAUAUCUGCGGAGUUGUCGUUUCCAAUGAAGAGAGAGGCGAAAUGGAGCAGCCGCUGAGAAGUUCCUCAAAUUUCGGGGACUUCUUGGGUUCUGGUGGAAAUACAGUUGCUGGGGAUGUCGGGAGGAUCGAUGGCUGCGAUGGAGCUGACAGGCUUCUUGAAGUUAGGAAGAAGCAACUGCUCGAUGAACUCGAAGGAGGGUCGAUUUUUCGGGGUAUCGGCCCAUUGGAGCACCCAGAUGAAAGGGUCAUGAUCUUGCCACAUGUCGACGGGCAGAAAUUUGUGAAAGGAGUUGAUGCGUACCUGAGAAGUUCAUUGAAGGUUGAAGUUAUCGAUGACACAGCAGUGAUUGAACCCAUAAUGAUCGGCCCUGGGACUGGAAAUGCGAAGAAGAAGAACAUCCCGAAAGAGGACUUGGAGGGGAAGAAGUCGAAACGGGCAAAGAAAAGAGGGAAGGGCGGGAAACCGGGCUCCGAAAAGGUGGAAGGCUCGGCCCGACUUGCUUGGAAUAGUAAAGACGGAACCAAGAGAAUGUACUCGAGUGAGGAGAUGGAGGCUCUGAGGUUUGUGGGAGUUGUGGAGCAAAGAAAGCUGUGGAGGGAGAUCUACAAUGGACUCGGGUCAGUGGUGGCAAAGGAGUACUCGAGCCUCACUGCACAGAAGAGUCAGCAGCAGCAGGGCAAGUCGAUCUCUGAAGCAUCGAAUCCUCUUAGGAGGUCUCAUGGCCGUGGUAUUCUCGGUGAAGAUUCUAGUAAAGAAGACGGCGCAAAACUAGACAAAUGGGGAGGUAAGGAGGCAGCCAAUGCAAAUCCUUCACGUCCGGCUAGGGGUCAGAGUGUCAGUUGUGAUUAUGACUCGACGAAUUUAGAAGAGGAGGAUGGUGAUGAAGACAGUGAAGAUAGCGAUGAGUACUAUGCAAACAUCCAACGGCCUGCUUUUGCUGUCGAGGGAGAGCCUAAUUUUGAAGCAGGCCCACCAGAAGAUGGGCUUGAAUACCUCAGGAGAGUCAGGUGGGAAGCGGCACAGAUCCCAAAUGUGAAGGUGGCUAAGCUUGAUAGGAGUAAAUUGAACAAAGAACAGAGCGUUUACAUGCCAGUGAUUCCUGAGAUAGCAAAAUGUCCCGAGCACUUGAUGCCCUCAAAGCAAUGGGAGGAUGAGUUUCUUGCUGAUUUCUCAAAGCUGCGGAUGGCCUUCUUACAAGCAGAGGCUUCCAAAGUCGGGGCAUCGGACAAAUCACAACUCAAAUUCGUCCUCGGGAACAAAAAUUUCUCGAGUCAUCUUUCUGCCAUUGGAAACUUCGAUAAUGCAGAGGCUGAAGAAGAAAGACAAACCACAUCUACUACGGAGACCCCAUCUCCGAAGGUUCUCAAGAUCGAUUCUGCAAGCGGAUCCCCUACACUGUCUAUGCUUCUUUCGAUGGAUUCGGUCUCUCGGGUUUCAAGCCUGAGGAAACGAAUAAGUGCCUUGGAGGCCACAAAUGUGCUCUCAAGGGAUGACUGCCUGUGGAUUUUCGCUCUCUGUGCAGCCGUAGACACUCCUCUUCAUGCUGAUACCUGUGCCUCUCUCCGGUCUCUGCUGAGAAAAUGUGCGACCCUGCGGGCUCAGAAGGAGGAGGUGGAUGACGAGACAAUAAUGUUGAAUAUCCUCGCCACCAUUUCGGGGAGGUUCUUUGGUCAGUCUGACAUGUAAAAUUAAAAACUUAAAAAGAACAUAAGCACUAUCGAUGUAUUGAGUUUUUCCUUCGUUUUCUCUUUUAUGCGGAAUAUCGAUUUGAUAUGAAGGCACAGUAAGUUCUGAUAUACUUCACAUGGGUGGGUUUUAUUGAAGUUUUGUCAGAAGUCCGGGCGUGACAUUCUUCUUGCUUCAACUCAUGAUCAUCAACUCUGGCCACAUUCUGGCAACGUUUGGAUCUACUGUUGUUCCAUCCACGGGACAGACUUGCUGGGAUAAACAUUGGCCUACUUUGAUUGGAGGUAAUUUUUCGUG